GUGAAAACUAUUAUCAAGAAUCUAUGUGAGAUUAGAAACGCGCGAGAAAUUUGAUUAGUGUCCUAUUAGAUCGCUGGCGAGAAGUACAUAGAAAAAAAGAGAGAACGGACACGCAACCAAGUAAGAAAAAAAGAAAAGUGAGAAAGAAAACAACGAAAAGAUCGUAAGGGGAGGUGCGGUAUGACGGGAGAAAGCAGACCCAUAGAAGUGAGACCUUGAGAAAAAAGACGACGAAUAUUGCUUAGAACGGUGUAAAGGCAGAGUGCGAAGGAAUGGCGUGUGACUUCCAGCAGCCAUAGCGGAUAAAAAACAGGAAAACAAACGCAGAAACAAAUCAAAUAAAUCACAGGUGAACAUUGUCAGUGAGGCGGCGUAAUUGCUGACAAAUAUGGCAGCAGCUGAGGCGGAAAUCGUUUCGGAAGGCGGUGUGGUAGGUGGUGCGCACAGCAGUCGGGAGGCUCGCAAUUUAGCCGAGAAGAAUCGAAGAGACAAACUGAAUGCAAGUAUACAGGAGCUAGCCUCCAUGGUGCCGCAUGUUGCGAGUUCAACACGCCGUCCAGACAAGACCGGCAUUUUGCGCUCCGCAACGCAUGGAUUACGAUUACAAUACGUAUUUGGUAAGUCUGUGCCACGGAGGCCGAGGAGUGGCCACAUGGCAGAGCUAACCGAGGCGCCUCAAUUCACGGAUGCUCUCACAGAUUUGCUGGACAGUUUCUUCAUAACAUUAACAUGUCAUGGCCAAAUCGUUGUCAUAUCGGCAAGCAUAGAGCAACUACUCGGUCAUUGUCAAUCCGAUCUCCAUGGCCAAAACAUACUAAGCAUUACACAUCCAGACGACCAAUCGCGUCUGCUACAGCAAUUAAUACCACGUGACAUGGAAGCGUUAUUCCGCAGUAGCAAUGAAUAUAGACUACAUCACCCGUCAUCAGGUAAUGAGGACGAUGAAGCUUUAGAGUCUGACUGUUCAGCGGGGGAUUAUUACCAGCAGGAAACGACACAGCAGACACAUCGCAGUAACAGCCCCGAACACACAGAUGCCUACUUAAAUGACAUUGAUCGACGCUUGCGUAACGAUCGGCGCACUUUCACAGUACGGUUAGCGCGGGCAGGUACGCGGACGGAAGCAACCCGAAAGUACGAGUUGAUGAAAUUUGACGGCUGCUUUCGGCGCAGCGAUUACUCCUGCUCAGCCGGAACAUUCCCCAUUGUGUCACAGUUAAUACGGCGGACGCGUAACAAUGGGAGCGUCGGCCUGCAUAUGAUGCAGCACGACGUCAUUGCACAGGCAGCGAUGCACGGCAUUAGUGGCAAUGAUGUAGUGCUUGUGGCGAUGGCACGGAUUAUACGAUCACCAAAGAUAAUAAACUACUUUUCGAACGAUAAUGGGCGAUUGGAAUACCGAACGAGGCAUUUAAUCGAUGGACGUAUUGUUGACUGUGAUCAACGAAUAGGGCUGGUAGCUGGCUAUAUGAAAAAGGAGGUCUUCAACCUCAGCCCUUUCUCAUUUAUGCAUCAGGACGAUGUGCGUUGGGUGAUUGUGGCGCUCCGCCAAAUGUACGACAAUAACGAAGAUAGAGGCGAAAGCUACUAUCGACUACUCACAGCCAAUGGUCGCUUUAUAUAUUUGCAUUCGAUUGGCUACAUCGACGUCGCAGAUAAAUCCCGUAAUGUGUACUCUUUUGUUUGCAUCAACACGCUGCUAGACGAGGAGGAGGGCCGUCGACGGUUGCAACAAAUGAAAGAUAAAUUCUCAACGAUUAUCAAAACAAAGAUACCUAGCAAUUCGCUGCUGGAUGUACCUGCAUCGGAGAAUCCCCAGCAACUAGAGCGCAUUGUACUUUAUUUAAUAGAUAAUUUACAACCACGCCAUGAUAACGGUAGCGGUACGGGUUGUGGUGAAGACACUACCACACAGGCGGAUAAUGUGCGGUAUGCAAAGACGCCGCCUCUAUCACUUGUUCCGCCUGAACCCGCCUCGGUUAAAAGCUCAAUUUCCCAAUCUGUGUCGGUUGUAAAUGUGACGGUGGCUAAAAAUAUGCAAAAAAAUCUCAACCAAAUGAAAAGUCCGCACAGCGUUACCAGCAGUGACUUGUCGCUAUCGCCAGCAAGCAGCAUCGAUUUAGGUGAUGAUUUCGGCGAUCACAUGGGCGCCGUACCGCCCACUUCCAUUCACUCCAACACAGCGCCAGCGACCAUUACACAACGGCCGACAGUGCUCCAACUAAAUACACAAGCAUCCACAAGCGCGCCAUUGACAUGCGCACCGCAGUCACCGCCUCAGCGUCCAUCACCGAAGUCGCCACGCAGUGUGCUCGAACAGCGUCUAACGGCACCACCGCAGCCAACCACUUCAAGCGCGCAUAUGACCGCCGCAUAUAACUGCAAUGGUGCUAACGAUGCGUUGCAACAACCCAUGUCCGUGCUGAAACGAUUGCGUCCAGCAGCAUCCAGUAGUACAGCCACCAGCAUUAAUAGCAACAGCAUUAACUGUAGCACCACGCUUGAAGAGAGUGUCAGUCCGGCAAAACGUUGUCAAACAGCCAUUCCGGUCAACUCAUCACCCGAACUGUUGCCAACGUCGAUUAUUACCAAGCCGGCUGAGAUACAUGCCGUCAUCAGUAAUUCCCUAGAGAACAUCGACCAGUCGCUGCAGAGCAUACAACAGAACGCACGCACGUUAAGUCAACAACAUGCACGUCUGCUGCCCAAAACUGUGGUGCCAUACGCCUUCAACCACAAAUUGGACGCCAUCUUUGUAGAGCAUCAGCGACAGGCCGAGCAGCUCAUCAAUAUCAAGAAUGAAUAUGACGUGCAUUUGCAGCAGCAGCAACAACAAUUCGCCUUGGAAAACUUCGCAGUGACAGAAACAACACAUUUUCAGCAGCUACAGCUGCAGUUGCAGCAGCCGCAGGAGCAACAACCGGACAGCGGCGGCGGUGGGGUCGAAUUGCAAUUGACGGUGAAUUAUGCAGAACCAACAGCAAUGUUGAAUCAGCUGGAAAAGCGGCUGUAGUUUGUGUGGCCUGCCUGUGGUAGCAGGUGGCUUGGGCAAUAGCUCUGAAGAUGGCGAUUGAUGAGCUAAGCGCAGUGGCAGCAUUUUAGAGUCUGAGAGCAGUGAAGGCCCGCUGCGCAGUCAGAUGCAUAAGCACAAAGGCUGGUGAGCGUGCAGCUAUUGCGUGCAUUGUGCUGUGUUACACAAUUAAAACACAACAACAAACAACAAAACAAAGUUCAAAUUCUUUUAAAUUCUCUAACUAAUCAACAAAAUAUUUUUCACAUAACAUUUCUAUGGUGAUUAACAAGUAUGAAUGUGUGUGCAUUGGCAAAAAAGCGUAGUUACAUAUGUAUGUAUGGAUAUCGGUGUUGUUUAGCACUGUAGUGGCCCAGUGCACAGCACCAUAGAUUUGUGCUUCUAAGGUACUUGCGUUGAGAAUUGUUAGUGUACGAAGUGCAGCUAACAAGCGAAUAAGCAAAUGGAAAGUGAAAUGCCGAAACUGAUGGCAACAUAAGAUGUUUCUGCAUAACUAAUAUGCGGGAGUAUUUGGAUAUUAUCGUAGAUAUUGCUUACCGAAGACUUAAGCGUUUAAUAAGUGAAUUUCGAGUUGGAUUUCCGGGAAAUCAAAAUUUAGUAAACGAAAAAAGUUUGGUGAAAUUUAUUGUGUAAAUUAAAUUUAAAAAAAUAUUUACGAGCAAAAAUGGUGCACAAUUAUAAAAAGGCCUAUAAAAAUAAACAAAUCGGCAAUAAAUGUUAUUUUUACAUUUUGUACAAAUUCCGAAAAAAAUCAAAGUACUCACUUUGCUUAAAGUUAGUUGCUUGCUUUACAUUUUUGUUAUUGAGCUAUUUUUCGAAGGUCUUUUGAUAACUUCAUCAAAUGAAAGAUUAGGCGUAGACUUUUUCCAUGAUGACUUGCAAACAAAUUUUUAUAUGGCAUUACACGAAAACCAAAACUCGGGAGUUGUCAAAUAUAUGUAACGAGUGUGUGCGCUUUUCGCCAAAUGUUUUGUAUGAGACUAUACAAUGCAAAGUAAAAGCGAGCAUUUUCAUUAAAAAUAAAAAAUGAUAAUAAAAAAAUAGUAAAAAAAAUAGCUAAAAAUCUUUUGAAUAACAUUUAGCGAACAAAACAAAAAACCAAGUUAUAAAAAUCUAAAUAAAAAUAUUUUUUUUCUAUAAAACUAAGCGCGCAACCUUGCAAAUGAUUAAACAAAUUUAGUGACUGUUAAGCCAGAUUUAAACUUGCUAUAACUAUUAUUAAAGCAAAAACAAAACAAAUACUAAAGGUGCAAUGUUGGUCGUCAUUUUUGUCGCAUUUUGUUGUUAAAGCAUUUUCACUCUACGUGCUUUGCUUUUCGCAAUUCUCAACUUAUUUUUAAAUUUUUUAUAAUCUAUACAUAUUUUGUGUUACUUAUUUUUCUCUAAAGUGUUUGAUUAUAUAUUUUUUAAACAACUAAAAUAUAUUUAAAAAAGUGCUAUCACUUUUUAAUUAGGGUUUUAAGUUUAAACACAAUUAGGUAAAUCUAUAUCAGUCUUUUUACAAAUAUGUAUGUA